AUUUGUACUGUCGCAGGUUGGCCUUACUGAAUGUCGAGUCAUAGUAGUUCCGCUCUGUAUACUAUCUUGCAAGUUGUACACAUUUGAUCAGGAGAUUGCUGACUUUGAUUUUUGAUCAAAUACCAAACUAUAACACUAACUCAUACGUUUAACCUGACUGCGCAGAUAUUGGGUCGUGUUUUUAGGAAUAGUACACUAUUGGCCACAUACUUUAAACUAAACUGAGAAUGUCUUAUGCAUAUCUGUUCAAAUACAUCAUUAUUGGGGACACUGCUGUUGGUAAAUCGUGCUUGCUUCUCCAAUUUACGGACCAACGGUUCCAGCCUGUAUAUGACUUAACGAUUGGGGUAGAGUUUGGCGCUCGAAUGGUGAAUAUUGGUGAUAAGCAAAUAAAGCUUCAAGUCUGGGACACGGCUGGACAAGAAAGUUUUCGUUCCAUAACCAGGUCGUAUUAUCGGGGUGCGGCAGGUGCUCUUCUUGUUUACGAUGUUACCAGGCGUGAUACGUUCAACCAUUUGGCAUCCUGGUUGCAAGAUGCUCGGCAGCAUGCAAGCCCAAAUAUGGUUAUUACAUUGGUUGGAAAUAAGUGUGAUUUGGAUGCGAGGCGAGAGGUUAAACAGGAAGAAGCUGAAGCAUUCGCUCGUGAGAACAAUUUAUUAUUCCUAGAAACAUCAGCUAAAACCGGAGUAAAUGUAGAACAAGCCUUUGCCACUACCGCACGCGCUAUCUAUGAACGUUUACAACUAGGUCUUUUAGAUAUCAAUAAUGAUGUAGGUGUCUGUUGUUUCGAAAGAAAGUUUUCGUUUUCAUUACCUUAUUUAGGUUUGUACAAAAAUACUUUAUUCAUUAGUUUUAACCGUUAUAGAAAUAAUGAGUUAAUUAGCCUUGAUCAGUUAUAAUUAGACAUGGUCUGUUAUAUGAAAACAGUCUUCCUUAAACCCGUGAUUAUUCAGAGGUUGGUAUUUUGACGUAAGUUUUCUUGACCCUCAAAUAUUCUACUGUGAAGUAGAAAGAAAGUUAAAUUUUAAGUAAAUGAACCAUCUAUUUAUAUUUAUUUUAUUAUUAUUUAUUUGAACACAUAUAUAUUGGUACAGGAGUGCGCCAAAUAUAUAUGCGCCACACCAUCUGAAAAAUUACAGAUACUUUCUUGUUUUAUUUGUAUCUCAACAAAUUAGCACUUAUCAUGAAAAUUUCAUAUCUUAGUCUCCAUAUCACCGGGCAUUGCUAAGCCCGCUUGAAAUUCCUUGGAGGUCAUUCCCAAAGAGUUAAGGACUGAAAGGGUUUUUUGUGUGACAAAUAUCAGAAAUACCACCCAACUGCUUAAACCAAAAUAUGUGAAAGAGAGUUGAAACCUGUCGCAUCAUUUUUGAAGAUCAACGUUUUAGAAACUUGUCUUUCAUACACUACAUACUUAGACCUCUUUUGGACAUAGAUUACUGACCAGAAAGCUCCAACAAACCCAGUCAUGACCUUUCCUUUUUAGUUGUUGCCGAGUAUUGUUUAUGGUCCUGACGUCUACCUUCGUUUCUCGACGCCAUGUUUUUGUUUACCUCUUUUCCAUUUCCCUAACGACUCGAAGUUAGGGUUUGCCUUAUAAUGGGGGCUGAUGGUUUCCUCAAAGUGUUUACAGUUCACCUCCAGUGUCGUCUACUGAUUCCCUUAACUGGUAGCUGGACUGUUCUCUGACAGAGUAGGUUAUUCGUGAUGGUCUCUGACCAAUGAAUCUCUUAAGCAUUUUACGCAGACAGCUGUUUGUAAAUAUCUACACAUUUUAGGUUGUGGUAGUUCUUCACAUCUCUUUUCUUCCUUUGUGUUUAUUGGUACUGAAGAAGCCGCUGAUACACUAGCUGUCUUCAUUUGCAUUUGUUGUCAUGCAUGCAGUGGAAAAGCUAAGUGGUCUGCAAAGUGCAAAUCAUCUAUUUGGGUGCUUUCUCUUGUCUCCUAAGUAGUGGAGGUCUUCACAAUCCAGUCAACAACUUUCAGAAAGAGGAAAGACGAGAUGAAUCUUUGUCUAAAACCAGUCUUCAAUUGGAAUACAGUCAGUUAGUCAGUCAAACACAACGUAGAACCUGGUACAUCUGUACGUCGGUUUGGGUUGUCUCAGCGCGUUAGCACAACGAAAUGGAAUUGUUAGUUUAAAUCACAGAAUAUGAUAAGUUGUAACAGUAUUAGUGGUAAUUGGAAAAACUGGGAAACGAAGAUUUGACUCAAGGAAUUAUAAAUAAGUCAAAUAAAAAGUAAAUUAUGGGAAACUCAGAAGUUUGGAAAUCGUGGGAAGAUAAAGAAUGGAUGCAUCUGGACAAUUGUAAACCAUUUUGUUUCCUGUCAUUGACAGUCCCCAACCAGGUAAUCUACACUUGUUAACAAGACUAAAUAUACUUGUUAGUCACUCGACAUACUCGCUGAGCUCGUCAGCACCUUUAAGGGAUGGGAUAUCAGACCUUCGUAAUGCUACUUAUCCAACUAUACAGUGUUUCUUCAACUUCAGUUUGAGCUUGGCCACCACCAUGUGGUAAUAUGAGGCCAAAUCUGUUCGUACAUCUCACAUGUACCUUGUAAAUAUUUUAUUGACGUAGAUGUGGUCAGUCUCGUUUCUUGUAGUGUGUUCCUGUGUAGCUCUGUGUAUGGGAUUGUCAGGAGAAAUACUGCCGUCAAUAGUCACCAUGUUGUUAAUAGCACAUAGAUUCUCCAGUCACACACCAUUCUCGUUACCCUCUGGUAGUCUAUGUCGUCCCGUAAUGCCUUAGUAUCCGAUAUUAUUUAUUUAUUUUAACACAUAGAUAUUGGUACAAGGAAGCACCAAAAACAUAUGCACCACACAAAUCUCAUUCGAUUUGUGUAAGGGUUGUGAUACUGCCCGGGUGCCCAAACUGAGGCAGGUGGUUUUCUUAGGGGGCCACUCCCCGAGCCUUCGACCUGAAGGUCUGAUCCACAAGGCAGUGGAGCAUCGUAUGGAGAUGCAAUUCAAUGGAGGCCGGUGACCAACAAUUGGUUCAUACGCCAUUUGUUCCUUCAGGAUUCUGGGGCCCAUGUCCACCAUUGAUUUGGAAUCCGGUUAAAGCGCCGGACAUUCGCUUUUCGUCCUCUCAUUUUCGUAAACAACCCCCGCCACGAGAAGUGAGUAGGACUUCCCUGGCAGAGGCUAUAUACGCGUGGCCAUGUGAGAGCAUUUCGAGAGCGAGAGCGGACUGUCCCCACUUUCAGCCACACCAGGGCAUUUGGGGGCCCGAAUUCGAUGUCGAUGUCUCACAUCAGGAUGAUCAACAUUUUUCUUGAAGAUUUGUUCAGUGUGAGUUGGAGCCCUUCGUAAAACUGGUGUUUAAGAUGUUCUCUGUGUUCUCUGCUUCGGUUUGGGCACGCGAGCAGUAUCACAGCCCUCACACAAAUCAAAUGAGAUUUGUGUGGCAUAUAUGUAUUUGGUGCCUCCUUGUACCAAUAUCUGUGUUCAAAUAGUAAUAAUAAUCUCUGUGGUGACUGGUAAGUUCGUUGCACAGGAUGGCAUCGAUUGUAGUCCUUGGUUUCUUUGUCUUGAGUGAUGCUUAAAUGGUCUUGGAGCCUUGUGUUUCUCAUUACAUAAGCGCUUAUCCUGGUUCUUUGGAUAACGUGAGUGCGACUCCUUGUGUGUAUUGAAUUUUUCUGUUUCUGAACGAAAUACAAUGAGUAGUCUCUCGAAGUUAUUGUUUUUGUUGAGAUAGUGUUUAGUGUGUUUUACUUAUUGCAAACACAUUCAGGUUGCGUCUGCUGAUUUCCUCUGUUACUCGAAUGGUCGUCCCAAUCCCUACCAGUUUUCGAUAUUCCAUGUGCGUGUAUUAAUUGUCGGUUUUGGUUUUGUCGGAGGAGAUAUGGUGUAGGUGAUUCCCGAAGAAUUUUGGCUUUCGUCAUGAGUCGUGAAUAACAUUUCUUGAACUUCCAUAAUAGAGUGUAAGAGGACUGAUUAGUGUAUUUUCGCCAGGUGGGGUUGUUGAGGUUACACACAGCCUUUCUCCUUUUCCUAUGUGUGGGAUGGUCAGCAAUUAAAGGAUGGUUUAGGCGAAGUUAAAUGUCAUUUUCAUCUCUGUGAUGAUUUUUAGUUUAAUUUUUGAAAGUAAUGUCUUCUAUAUACGCCGAUCCUAACUUCUACUAUUUAUGCAAACAUUGACUAAUAUCUGUAUGAAUCAUCUGCCAUGAUUUGUUUAUUUAUAAUAUUGAAGUAACUAUCAAGUCGACCGAGAUGUGAAUGAAUAUACACAAGUAUUUAUUCCAUUGGUUUUUAAUACCAUGUGAAUUUUUAUUUCACUAUGUUUCUAAACGAGUUUGCACAUUGGUUUUGGAUAUUUUAUUUAUUUAUUCAUAUUAAAUAAUUCACUACCAAUGAAAUGGAAUACUUUCAUCAUACGAUAUAAGUUAACAUUUGUAUCACUGACAUCAAAUUUUAUCAAGAUGACCUAUUUAAUUUUUUACAAUGAAUGUAGCCUGGUCUUGUUUAUUGUUAAAUAACUGGUAUAUGUUUACAUAGAACUCAUUUUAACAUUGUCAUUCACAUUGGAAGUGCAUAGGUUGUUAGCUGUUUUUGGCAUAGUAUAGCGAAACGGUUUAUAGUUGUUAGUUCUUACUGAUAGCGUAUGAACUGUUUGUACAAAAGACCAGGAGAUCUUAGUACUACAUUGAAGCUGUCCAUUUGGUAUUUAUGAAGUUAGUAAUGGCCCUAUCAAAGUAGAUGAAAUAUGCUUGAAUCUGUCAGAUUAUUGUAUUCUGAAGAUAACAAGAAGCUGUAUCCUAGUAUUUUUAGAAUAAAGUAUUUCAAUGGAGGUGUCUGAAAGACUGUCAUCCGGCAAUGUCUGUCAGUUGUACCGUUGAUUUCUCCUGUUUCUCUUUUUAUCGAUUUACUUGGUUAUACCUCUGAGCAAUAAAUGUUUUGUAUAUAAUUCCAUGUGUGCUUCUUUUGUAGUUUCUUUUUCUAAUAACUCUGCUACUUUCGUGAAUUUACCUCAAAUUCGGGUAUUAUUUCUAGGUUCGACCAAUAUAUAUAUAUAAUUUUGGGUACAUAACUAUUUUCACGAUGUCCCCGUUGAGACAAAUAAGGUUGUUUGAAUAUUAAGCUUUUAAAACGUUUUAUAAUAUGUACAUGAACACGAAACACCAACGAUUAGCCAGCGAGUUAUGAAUGCCCACUUACUUUACUAGAUCUCUCCAGUUCUAAGCAACCUAAGAUAUUAGGUUGAUUGCAUGAAAAAGUACCCAUAUUCUUGUGAAUUUAACGUAAGUGGUUAUUGCCUAGUGUUCAUACUAAUUAAAUCCAUUUCAACACCUAGUUUAGUGGGUACAGGAUUCGUUGAAAGGUAGCUAGUUCUUUUGAGUCAUCAAAAUAUAAUCAUCGGCACUGAUUCAAACCCAUUUUGGUCUUGAGCUCCAAAAGCUUUUUUAAUAAGUAACGAACUCCCACUUCCAGUUAUAUAUCAGUUCAAUCCACUUUGUUUAAAUACUUGGCAUCACUAACUUUUGCAAAAUUUGUUACCGACAAAUAGUGAAUAUACUGGUAAUCCUGUAUUCACACUCGUUAAGAAGUCGAUACAAUACACCUUAAUCUGUUUGUGUUCUUUCAUGCACUUGUUAAGUGAAGAACUUAUUAAAAACAAUCGAAUACUUGUAUGGUUGGUCAAAAUGUCUUCAUAAAUAUUCAUUAACGGUAAUACUUUAGGUAACUAACAUUCUAUAAAUAUUUAGUUGAUAUCUAGUAUAUCUAGUAUCUUUAUGAUAACUUUCCUCUGACUCAAUUAUUCAAAGCUUUUUUCACACAUAUGUAUCACCACAGUUGGUGUUAUCUAUUAAUUGCAGCAAAACCUUUUCAUUCAUUGCUGCAUAACUAGUUUCUUUGCUUGUCGGUUUCCGAUAAGACACUAUUUUUUCCCACGUAUAAGAAUAAUUUUCAAUUUUGAUAAUUGUCGAUUAUAAGUAGACUAUUAAUUUUAUUUAACAAUCUAACUGUAACUAGCUAGCUAACUAACUUUUAUUUCUAAAAAUUUUUUCUUAUCCCGUUUUAUGGCCAGAUAUAUCUCUGUACUCGCCUAACAAUCUACAUUUUUUUGUAACUUAGGCAAAUGGCAUAAAGUUAGGUCCUCAACAAUUAAGUACUCGACAAAGUGGUUCCUACGGUCCGGUUGGCUCAGAUUCGGGAAAUAAUCUAAGAAGGCGUUGUUGUUAGCUCAUACCAAAGAGAGAUUUGUUCAUGGAAAGAUAGUAAAAGUUAUAACUGCGAUUAAUUAUUUUUAUGUUAACCUUUCUAUGAUUCUCACUCACUAUUUUACUUCAUUUGUUUUGCUCUUUUUAUGUACUUUUUAAUUCCAUGUGCUCUAUGUGUACCCCAUUGUUUUGAAUGAAUACAUUUAUUGUCUAUUUUUCUGUACGUUGUUGUUCAACAACUUCCCUGUACUUUAUUUUUCUUGUUUUGAUCUUAUUCACUAUUCUCAAUCAGUCGGCUGUCUAUAUUAUAUCUAUAAAUAUGUUUUAAAAAAGGCAGAUAUUUAUUGAUUCCAAAUGAAAAUCCAAAUUCCAAUCAUGCAACAUUACUGUUAUAAAAUAGCUAUAAAAAUGAUACAUGCUGUGAAAACAUAUUCCUUCAUUUCUUCUCCAAGAAACAAGAGAUUUUUCAUCUUGUGUUCGCAUUAUUUUAUUUUACUGUCGUUACUGGUUUACUUUAUUUUCAUAUUGUGUUUGUGUAUCCCGAUGUACGGAAUUAUAUUUCCUCAUAUUUUUAAGCUAACAAAUGUGUAUCUUCUUUUAUAGAUGGUUAUGUGAAGCAAAAUUAAUUGCUUUGUGUCGAAUUUUCACUACACUCGCCUUUGUUGUUGUAUUCUUGUUAAUUUAACCGUUGAAUAUCAUCAUUUUAUUAAAAUGUGUUCAAGCGUGUAUAGAAAUUUUUAUCAUAACUGGCAAGUUCUUUUUAUAAAUAUUCUUUUUGUCAGAUAUCAGAAUAAACCUUAUUACUCGUCUAAUUCUCGUGAUGUACUCAUUUUAACUUGUACUUUAUGUUAGAUGAUCUUUAAUUGAUAAAGAUACUCUAAAGAAUUUUUCUUGUCAAGCCAUCUGAAUAUCAUUCAUGUUUAUCACUUGGGUAUGCUUCCGUAAGCCAGAUUUAUUUGCAAUUAUUUGGAACACAUUUUGAGCAUUGAUAUGAUGUUUGCUUUCUAGUGCUUUUAUCCUAUUGAUACGAUUUGAUAACAAUAUAAAAUUAGGUAAUAUUA